AUGAAACCUGACACGAAAAAGCCAAAAUCAAAAGAUUUUCUGUUUAUUUUCUUUGACUUGGAAACACGCCAAGACGAGUCCCUGCCCUCAGAUCCCGAUUCUAAAUUGCAUCAAGUGAACUUGUGUGUCUCACAACAGUUUUGCUAUCAGUGUAUUGAGGCAAAAUUUUGUAUGGCUUGUAAAAAUCGUACGCGAGUGUUUAAUUCUGAACCAGUAACUCAGUUCAUGGACUAUGUGAUGCAAGUCCGUAAAAAUUUCAAAGAUGUUUGUGUCAUUGCACACAAUGGGCAGGGCUUUGAUUUUCAAUUUUUGCUCAAGUAUGUUUUGGAGGAUACAAAGUUUACUCCGAAACUUGUAAUGCGGGGAACUAAGGUCAUUUUGAUGGAGAUUGACAAUGUGAGGUUUGUUGAUUCAUUAAGUUAUUUCCCUAUGCCUCUAGCUUCACUGCCCAAGGCCUUUGAUUUGCCCCCGGAAAAGAAGAAAGGCUAUUUCCCCCACCUCUUCAACACACUUGAGAAUCAGAAUUAUGUUGGCCCUAUGCCGGCAAAGGAAUUUUACUGUCCAGAAUCUAUGUUUGAAAAAUCACAUGAAGAUUUUGAAAAUUGGUAUAAUGAUCAGGUUGCAAACCAUGUUACAUUUGACUUUAAAAAGGAAAUCCUCGAGUAUUGUUUGUCGGAUGUUGAUAUCUUGGCCCAAGCUUGCUUAAAGUUCCGUUCAAUUUUCCUGCAAGAGUGUAAUGUUGACCCGUUUCUCGAGGCUGUUACCAUUGCCAGUGCAUGUAACUUAGCUUUUCGCAGGAACUUUUUGAAAAAAAAUACUAUUGGCAUAGUUCCUAAAAAUGGUUAUAGGCUUACAGACGCUCAGUCGGCAAUUGCGUUACAGUGGCUAUCGUGGGAAGAGGAGAAACGUGGAGUUAGAAUUGAACACGCUGCUCGUGGAAAAGAAGUUAAGAUCAAUGGAAUGAAAGUUGAUGGGUAUGAUGGCCAACAUAUUUAUGAAUUUCAAGGCUGCUAUUGGCACGGAAGCCCCAAAUGCUUCCCCUAUGACCGUGAACUUGCUUUGAAAGAGGACCCCUCUGACUCACUUCACUUGCGAUAUGAACGGACCAAAUCGAAAAUAGCAAAGUUAGGUGAUAACGUUGUACAAAUGUGGGAAUGUGAGUUUAGGCAGUUAAAAAAGACAGAAAACCUAAAACAUCUAGACAAGUUGCCGAUCCUCAACAAUUUACCCCUGAAUCCGAGGCAAGCAUUUUUUGGUGGUAGAACCGGGAACGCCAAAACCUACCACAAGUGUGUGGAGGGAGAAACCAUUGAAUACGUGGAUGUAUGCUCUCUCUAUCCCUGGAUUCAAAGUGAUUGCGACCACGAAAGUGGUGACAGAGCACUAAUUGGGACGUGGACCAUGGACGAGAUUCGUAAAGCUGUAGAAAAGGGUUAUGUUGUACUCGACAUGUAUGAACUUUGGGAGUAUAAGGUAGCCACAUAUGAAAACGGUGGGUUGUUCACUGACUUUAUAAAUAAAUUUUUAAAAAUUAAGCAGGAAGCGUCUGGGUUUCCUAGCUGGUGUGAAACUGAGGAGGAUAAGGAUCAGUAUUUUGAGGAUUAUUUUAAAAAAGAGGGUGUCCAACUGGAAAAAGACAAAAUUAUCAAGAAUGGUGGUUUGAGGUCAUUGGCUAAACUAAUGCUUAACAGUUUCUGGGGAAAAUUUGGACAGCGUGAAAAUCAGACCAAAGCUACGAUUGUCAGGGACCCAAAAACACUUUUCAAAAUGUUAACUAGCCCUGAAAUCGAUGUAAUUAGAGUGCAGAUUGUUAAUGAAGAGGUUCUUGUUGUUAGCUGGGAGUAUAUUGAGGAGGUUGGGGAGCCAUUGCAAAAUGUAAAUGUUGUGGUGGCAGCUUACACCACUGCCCAAGCGAGAUUAAAGCUCUAUGAGCAUCUAGAAGCCCUGGGUGGUCAGGUAUUGUAUUACGAUACUGAUUCUGUACUAUAUGUACAUAAGGGUGGUUUGUACAGAGUUCCCACGGGAGAUUAUCUCGGUGAAAUGACCGAUGAGUUGGUCGAGUACGGUCCUGGGUCAUACAUUGUAGAGUUUGUAUCUGGAGGUCCAAAAACCUACGCAUAUCUUGUGUGGUCGACAAACAAACAAAUAUUGAUUCCCGUCCAGGUGUAUAUGGCUGUGGCGACUAGCGCCACGUCUUGGGAAGCUCCUGCUCGCUAG